CAACCCAGUCUGAAGAACUGAACCAGUCAGCUGCAGAGCCAGGAGUUGAAGCUUUUUUGAGUGGGGGGGGGGGCAACCAACUGGAGCGGACAUGUAGCUAGUGGAUUACAACCGCUCUGUGUUUGAAUCAAUCAUAAAUACUUUUUUUCUUAAUCGAGUGUAUUUUAUCCAGUAAGUUCACGUAAGAGGACGGGUUUGCUAGCUAGGUAGCUCGCGUUCUGUCAUUGUAGAUAGCUCGUGUGCGAUGAUUAUCAGUGAAGCCAGCUUCCUAGCUGCUGACAAUGGUCUGAAGCCUGCUGUGCUAGUGCGGUGGUGAGCUAGCUGAAGAAGUGGCCCAAACCAUUACGUUACUUAGUUAGCUAGCUUUAUCCUAGUGUCUGUGUGGUAGUUAGUUAGUCGACCACCUCGGCCCUGGGAUUGCCUGCGCAUUGCUGGCUAGCUAACGUUAGCUGUCUAAACCUUUAUCCAUGGAGUACAUAGGGGCUUCUCUUUGGAGUUUGGACCUACGAUUGAUGACGUGCCUUUGAUUCUACGGUAACCACUAGAGUUGUAAUAAGAAGAGCAUCCAUCCAAUGCAAAAGUCUUGAAAGCAAACCUCCAUUAUGGAUUUCAGCAAAUCGUUGACCUUGUGGAUUGUAUGCUUAUGCCUCCUGAGCGAAAGUUGGACGGUCCAAGCCAGCUCAGACCACCAUGAAAUUGAUAAUGGUGUGUCAGAACUCUGUCGCAUCGACGAGCCUCUGUGCCAUGAUGAGAAUAUCAUCCUCAGCUUCGAGGCGAUCCGCAGUAUCCACAAGCAGAUGGAUGACGAUGCUAAUGGCAAUGUGGACGUGUCAGAGACUGACGGGUUCCUAAGGGAGGACCUGAACUACCACGAUCCCAAAGCCAAGCACAACAGUUUCCACGGAGACGACCAGUUCAUCAGUGUGGAAGACCUGUGGAAUACCUGGAAGGGUUCUGAAGUGUACAACUGGACAGUGGACGAUGUGGAGAAGUGGCUCACCUACUUGGAGCUGCCACAGUAUGUGGACGCCUUCCGCAAGAUGCACUUCAACGGCACUGUCAUGCCCAGGCUGGCUGUGAAGAACACCACUCUGACGGUGACCAUUCUGAAAAUGCUGGAUCGCAGCCAUGUUCAGAAGCUGCAGCUCAAGGCCCUGGACGUUGUGCUGUUCGGAGCCCCGCUCAUGAACAGACAUAACCACCUGAAGGACUUCAUGCUGGUGGUUUCCAUAGUGAUGGGCAUUGGAGGCUGCUGGUUCGCCUACAUCCAGAACCGCUACUCCAAGGACCACAUGAAGAAGAUGAUGACGGACUUGGAUGGCCUACAGAGGGCUGAACAGAGUCUGCAUGAUCUACAGAAGAAGCUGCAGAUAGCCCAGGAGGAGCACCGUACAGUGGAGGUGGAGAAGGUGAACCUGGAACAGAAGCUGAGGGAUGAGAUCAACUGUGCCAAGCAGGAGGCCCAGCGGCUCAAGGGGCUCCGUGAGGGCACCGAGAACGAGCUGAGUAGGCAGAAAUAUGCCGAGGAGGAGCUGGACCAGGUGCGCAUGGCCCUCAAGAAGGCAGAGAAGGAGCUGGAGUCUCGCUGCAGCUGGUCCCCACCAGAGUCCCUCCAGAAGUGGCUGCAGCUCACCCAUGAGGUGGAGGUGCAGUACUAUAACAUCAAGAAGCAGAACGCUGAGAAGCAGCUGCUGGUGGCUAAAGAAGGGGCAGAGAAGAUCAAGAAGAAGCGGAACACCAUCUUUGGGACCUUCCAUGUGGCACACAGCUCCUGUCUGGACAAUGUGGAUCACCAAAUUCUGACAGCCAAACAAGCCCUGGGUGAGGUGACUGCUGCUCUGAGGGAGAGGCUGCACCGCUGGCAGCAGAUUGAGAUUCUGACGGGGUUCACCAUCGUCAACAACCCUGGGCUGUCCUCCCUGGCCUCCACCCUGAACCUUGACCCCAGCAUCAUGGGCGGCCGGGCCACGCCCCAGCACUUCAUUAUGUCUGAUGACAUGGACGACAUGGACGAGGACAUCAUAUCGCCCGGAACUCUGCAAUACACCAACUGGCUCAAGGACCGGCGAUCGAGUGAUCUGUGGUCCGUGGGUUCGGACAGCCAGUCCUUCAGGAAAUACUCUGCUCCCAGUAUGAUGUCCCUACGUCAGCGCCACAUGGACUCCCAGCUGGCCAUGGGCUCCCAGAGGUUGGUAGAGACCUGCCUGUUGGCGGGGCAGCAGGGAGACAGUACCUCCUACCUAUCCAGGUCUAGGGCCCCCCUUCAACAGUCACACAACCAGUCCUUCCAACAGUUUGAGGCUCUCCCCCUGCCUCCCUUGUCCUCGGCUGUCUCGCACCCCUCGAUCAUCUGCUCCUCCUCCCCACCUCUUUCCUACCGUCAGCCCCUCUCCUCCCACUUCCACUCCUCCUCCUCCUUACACUCCACCUCUCCUCAUUCCUCCCAUGUCUAUCACUCAUCUUAUUUUCAGCCCAUGGACACCAUCCCAGACUUCCAGCGUAGCAGCAGCUUCGGGGAACUGAACCGCUCAGACUCAGACUCCUCCCUGUCCCUCUGCCAAAUCGGUGAUCGUCUGUCUGCCUACAGCUCCAAGGGCCACCUGGUGAAACCCACCUCCUUCCUGUAUGGCCCCCCCAUCCGCUCCGCCUCCGACGAGCCCUCCCUGCAUGCACACACCCCUAAUGGAGGGAACCGUGUCCACGAGGGAGGAGCCCUGGCCGAGCCAGUCCCAGAGAGCCCCAUCCUGAUGAAGAAGGUAUACAGCAUCGAGAAGUCAGCCAGCCUGGGAGAGAUGGAUGUUGGCCUCGUUGGUAUGUCCAUGUCAGAGUCCUCCCGCUCCCUCAGCCCCAACUCCACCGACGCCGACACCCCCUCCCCCACGGGGGGCCAGCCUGGGGCCGCAGGGGCCAAGGGCAGCAGCCGCAUCCCUCAAGUCUCCUCCAAGAAGAGCCCUCUGGAGGAAGACAGCGGCUCCACGGGAGAAGACACAGACUCCGUCGCCAGCCGCAAGAAACACACCUUCAAGAUCUUCAAAAAACAGAAGAAAUAAUGAGGAGGGUUAAAGACUAUUAAAGAGGUCAAAGGUGUUUCACUUUAUUAUUAUUUCUGUUUUGGAGAAGUUGUUUUGGGUGGUUCACUAGUCACAAGCGAUGGCGCAAAUCUUUGCCUUUAUGGUUUUGUUGGUACUUUCUCUGAGGAGCUGUGGGCGCAACCAGCUAUCCGAUUUAUAUGAUUUUUAUCCAGAUAAUGUUGGGAAUGGGUGGUAUUGUAUAGUGGAAUGUAAAGCACUAUUUAUUUAGCAGGAAAGGGUGCCAGUCUCUCAAAGAGCAACAAGUCUCCGGGGUGGACGUCUUUUGGUUUUACUUCAACCUGUGUCAGUUUGCAUGUCUUCACGUUUUGUUUGACUGAUAUUAUCUGAAUGCUCCUAGGUGUUUGCUUGGUUCUUGUCCCCAUACUGCUUAGACAACACUUAAAAUCUGCUGUUUCUUUUGGUUAAUACCCAACCACCUCCUUGUUAUGUGUUUUGAUAAAGGAUUGUGUCAGAUGGGACCUUGAGCACCUAAUGGGUGUCAUUGUUGGUCAAUAGGGGGAGGGGGCUGAACAAUACUUGCAAAAACCUCCUGAGUCAAUUGUGCUAACACGAAAUCUAGCAAUCAAUGUUGGCAGAACUCUUCCAGUACAACUGCAGUCACAGCGACACACACACACACACAGCGACACACACACACACACAUACGCAUACAGUACACACACACACACAAAUACAU